AUGUCUCAUCUGAGCGAGGAUGGGUCUUCUCCCUUCCUGACAUCUUCACUCGGAAAGAGAAAACUUGGCAAAGACCACCCCAUCUCGCCACGACCAAGCCAGCAUGAUACCACAAAAGCCGAACAACCUGCUAAUGGCGAGAACUCCGAAAUGUCUGACGAUUCACCGACGCGCAUAAUUCACGAAGAUCUUGAUGAUCCCAUUUUCUCACAUGAUGCCGAAACCCCUGACUGGUACAGAGAGCCAGGCAGUCACGUGUGGUGGUCUGAUGGACCGGAUGAACGCAGUAUCCACGCAAAGCCUGCAGUUGCAGCCAUAUUCAUCCAUGCGGGUGCGGGAUACCACAGCACUACCAAUGAGAGACUACAUCUAGAUGCUUGCAGCGAUGCGGCCCGUGCUGCCAUGAAGUUACUCAAGUUGGGGGCCUCGGCCGUCGAAGGCGUUGAGGCAGCAAUCAAGGUAUUGGAGGAUAGAGAAAUUACGAACGCUGGGUUUGGGAGCAACUUGGCCAUUGAUGGGACUGUCGAAUGCGACGCGACCAUCGUCGACCAUUAUGGCAGGAGUGGCGCUUGUGGUGCGACACCCAACAUCAAGAAUCCCAUUAGCCUGGCAAAGAUGAUACUACUGGAGAGCCACAAAGCUCUCAGCCUUCGAAGAGUGCCGCCAAAUCUCCUUAUAGGGGAGGGUGCAAAGGACUUUGCUGUCAAACAUGGGAUGCCCCUGGUGCCCAACGAAUGGCUCGUGUCCAGAAAUGCAUUCGACCGCUAUGAGAGAUGGGCCAAGGAACUGAAAUCCGCUGAAGACGCUCUUGGCCACUCAACUCCUGCACUUGAUGUUUCUUCUUCGACAGAUGAUACUUUGCACAAGGGUCAUGAAAAGCGAGACCAUACAAAUGCCAUUGCGACGGGCACUUGGAACGAAGGACAACCUGAUUCCCCUGCACCGGCCACACCAUCAGACAGCAGAAUCAUGCCGAUGACUCCAAGCGCUCUGAAAGCCUUGCCACCCGUUUUGCACAAUUCGUCUAGCCCCAGAAGCUCGACCAAGGUAUCUACAGAUCGUAGUCCUCUAAGUUUCUUCGGAUCCCUUACGAGUCCGAGAUCAAACUCUGGAGGCACAAACCCAGGCUCACCUAUUCCAAAAAAGGCCCGAGUCAAGCGUGGAAUGAGCAAAGAUGGAAAGAGUGAGAUGGAGACUGGCGAUAGACCUAGCUCGGUCCACUCACCCAAAUCCGAUCAGGAGAUUUCCGAUACUGCUAAUCAAGAGUUGAUAUAUGAGAAAGGUGAGGACAAAAUUACAGAUACAGUUGGUGCCAUUGCAAUCGACCAGUGGGGAAAUAUGGCUGCUGGUUCUUCAUCGGGCGGUAUUGGCAUGAAACAUAUUGGUCGCAUUGGCCCCGCUGCAUUGGUUGGAAUUGGAACAGCCUUGAUUCCGCGUUCUGACAUGACAGACCGUCCCGCCAACGAGCGCGACACUACAAGAAAGGACAAAAACAAGGCGGCCGAGCCGGCAGAUUGGAAAACUGUGGCUGUUGUAACCAGCGGUACAGGUGAACACAUGGCUAUCUCACAGGCAUCUCAGAAGUGUGCGGAGCGACUGUACUAUGAGACAAAACGGGGAGCCGAUGGAAACGAUGUUCACGAAGAGGAUGAGACGAUUCUCAUGGAGAACUUUGUUGUUCAGGAUUUCCAGAAGCACCCUGGUGUGCUACGAACGCCGUCUGCCAGUGCCAUUGGUGCUAUGGCCGUGAAGCAGACUUCCAGAGGUUAUUAUUUGUUCUUUGCGCAUAACACAGACAGCUUUGCGUUGGCUAGCAUGUCUAGUAAUGAUCGCCAGCCUCAUUGUGUCAUGAGCCGACUGGGUGAAGGCAGCAUGGGAGUUGCGCAAGGAUCAAGAAAGAUUGCAUCAAGCUGA